GCCAUUGAUAUUUUUUGUGGGACAGGCUGUAUAUGUAUGUUUAUGAGCCCUAAAAAGGAAAUACUUAAUUGAUAUUAGAAAGGUUGGCAGAGAAAAUCUUAUCAAAAUCCUCUCAUUUGACAUACACAAAAUUAUUUUCCUUUUCUUGAAAUACCUAAUAUAAACUGUCGUGGACUUUGGCAGUUCUCAUAUUCAUACGAUUUACAUUUAUACGUAGCAAUAAGUAAACAAAACGCGGGUCUGAGUUUUUGGCUGUGUGCUGCUUUAUGUUCAAACGUUUCACUUGAGUCAAGCCUGAUCUAACCCGUGGAUGUGAUCUGUCGAUCCAGGGAAGAUUAAGGACAUUCUGCAAUUACUUUCAGAGGAAAUCAAAGAUUAAACAGUUCACCAUGAUUGACUUGCUUGGAGGUGGAGAGUCCAGCUUUGGUCAGCUGAAUGCCUUGACCAUCACAGCAACCCUUGGAGUGGUCACUGUUACUCUGGCCCUGUGGACAAUGAUGAGACCAAAGGGGUUCCCACCUGGUCCCAGGGGUCUACCUUUCAUCGGCAGCAUCUACAGUAUGACCGAUUCUCCCGAGGUGGUCUUUAAGAAAUGGUCUAAGCAGUACGGUGAUAUCUUCGGGUUUAAGGUCGGGGAAAGAUGGAUGGUCGUUCUUAACCGACAAGCUUUGAUCAAAGAAGCCGUACUCAAACAGGGAGUAGACUUUGCAGAUCGUCCUGAUUUAUAUUCGUUUCACAUUUUGACGGAUGGAUUCAAAGACAUCGCAUUUAGUCCAUACAGUGAGACAUGGAAACUUCAUCGCAAGUUGGCUCAUACUGCUCUCAGGCAUUUUGCAACCGGCAAACCUCUACAGAAUCUGAUCUCCAGCGUCUAUCCGAAGGUUGAGAUGAGUCUUGCUAAGACUGAAGGAAAGCCAGUGGAUCCAAAAGUCCUGCUGAAUCUUCUCAUGUUCAAUGUACUUGCACAGAUGUGUUUUGGAAAGAGUUAUGAUUUGGACGAUCCUAGCAUCGCUGGUUGGAUGAAAUUGAAUGAUGAGUUCAACCAACAGUUUGGACUGGGUCUAGCAGCUGAUUUCUUUACUUGGGCCAAAUAUGUUCCUACGAGUGGGCCACGGAUCAUGAAGGAUCUCACCGAAAGGUUCUUCUCCUACACUCGUUCACAGAUUGCUGAAUCAAGGGAACAUUAUGAUCCAGAGAACAUCAAUGAUUUCUACAGUCUGCUUCUCAAGGCCCAGGAAGAUGCAAGGAAAGAAGGGGAGAAUGUAGAUAAAAUGACAGAUACCCAUAUCUUCCAGACAAUUUCAGAUAUCUUUGGAGCUGGAACUCAGACCACUAUUGAGACUCUGUACUGGGCCAUGGCGUUGCUUGCGACCUACCAAGAAAUCCAGGCAAAGGUUCGGACCGAGAUCGAUGACGUCAUCGGCCUUGAUCGUCUACCUACCAUCAACGACCGCGGUAAACUUCCCUACACGGAGGCAACUCUCUACGAAGUAAUGCGGUACAGCAGUAUCGUCCCCGUUGCACUGCCUCACGCUACUACUCGAGAUACCAAAUUGGGAGGUUAUUCCAUCCCCAAGGGUGCGGUUGUGAUGAUCAAUACCUACUCCAUGCACUAUGAUCCUCAAGAAUGGAACCAACCAGACAAGUUCCUCCCAGAGCACUUCUUGGAUACAAGGGGCACAGUUCGUGAUCACCCUCCAAGCUUUCUACCCUUUGGAGCAGGACGUCGUGGUUGUCUUGGUGAAGCCGUGGCCAAGGCUGAUCUAUUCCUGAUCUUCACAUGGUUCAUGCAGAACUAUACCUUCAGCAGGGUUCCUGGAAAGGAGUCCGAAGACAUCUUGAAGAUGAUUCCUCAGACAGCUUCUGGGAGACUUCUGCGGCCUUAUGAGAUCAUGAUCAACAAGCGUGACUAAUAUAGGUGGCUCAGUAGAAAUAUGAAUUCUUAAAUCCGUGUUGCUUUUAGGUAAAAUAUAAAGUCAGAGGUUCUGGCUGCUUAACAUACGUUAAAGCUGAUCAGAGCCCCGUAACACAAAGCUUUGCGAUGAAUAGAAAAUAUGAAGAAAAAAAAAACGCUUCUGAUUGGUUACUGGUAAGUAUUUUGAGCCAAAUGCUCUUUAGACAAUAAUGUUGAUUGGUUAAUUCAUUUAGCGAUUGAUUGCUAAUCUUUGUGUUACGCUCCCCAGAUCUAUUGAUGAAUUACUGCAUUACCACUGUUAAAGUGUUGUUAGGUAUGUUUUUAUCUUGCCAAUCAAAUCGUUCAUGAUCUUCUAGGAUGCUAUUUGAUUUUAUUUUACACUAUUGAAUUUAUCUGAAUAAUACAUUUUUGUGCCCAAAUUAUGGAAUAAACUGCCUGUAACACUACAAUCUGCUGACAAGACUAGUUUAAAACGUUUAAAUCUCUGCUUAAAACUCAUUUAUUUGCUUAUUGAUACCUUUCCCCUCAUAUAAUUUUUUGGUUUAACUAUUCAUGUGUUUAGUUCUUUUGUUGUGAGGAUGGGAUGCUUUUGUGAGUUGGUUUUGUGUUUUUAGAGCCCUUGUGAUUUAUGAGCCUGCCGAGUUGCCUUUUGGGCAAGUUCCUAUACACUGCGGGUGAACAGGGUAUUAAUUAAGAUCAGGCACCUGUCCCCUAAGUGCUGUUUAAUGUAAUUUCAUUAUUGUUAUUAUUAGUUGUUUAUUGUUAGUAAAGCGCUAUAUAAGUACCUGUUAUGUAUGUAUACGUUGUAGACAUGUUGGAAUUAGCAAGAAUUAUCAGAUAUUGUAUUAUCACGAAUAUUUUGUUAAAAACAGCAAAGAUCUAUGAAAGCCUUGUAAAGUUUAUUGUGGUGAUGAUGAUGACGACGAUAACGAUGAUGAUGGUUGUAUUACAGAUAGCAGCACUGAUGGAUUGUAACCCUGGUUUUUUUUUGUAAAUUCUUGCAUUUUCUUUUUACCUUUCUAACCAGUGAUUUUGGAGGAAAAUUCUUCAAGUAAAAUGUUUGCACUUUUUUAUAUUUUUGUUUUAGAAAGAAAUAUUUCCAUUAGACUCAUAAAAAGCAUUCACCCACUCUUCAAAUGAUUUUGAAUGAUUCAACAUGUUCAUUGUCACUAUAAAAUAUUGUUUUAUUUUUAACUGUGGUAAACUUCUUGUGAAAUGUAACUUCUGCAUUAUAGAUAAACCGCAAAUAUAUGCUUAGGAUAUUUUAAUCCGCUGGUAGGGUAUUUUGCUUUAUAUAUAAUUGAAAAAUGUUAUCGAUUAAAGGCUAGCAUUUCUGGUGUGAGUAUGACGGAUAUAAUAACCAAAAUAAUACAUGUAGGAGUGGUUUAUGUUCAAUAUUUUAUAGCAGUUUUUUCACAUAUUGCGAGAGAAGGAAGUAACGUUUCAAGAGAUUCACGAGAUACACUGCUUUACCGUAAAGAGAUGUACGAAUUUAGCUCGUAAUUACCACAAUGACAUUUAUUUUCUCCUUGAAAUUACGAUUUUCAAAUGAAAUAUUCACUUUUUACAUAAUAUUCUUUCUUAUAUUAAUUGCAAAUAUUUACUGACUUGUAAAAUCUGACACCCCGUCCUCUCUGAUCGUUAAUUUCAUAAAUAAUAACAAUAUUGUAUGCAAACAAAAUAUAUCAGGUAAACUAUUAUGAAACCAUGUUUCAGUGAUAUCAAUUAAACAAAUGCAUAAUCAUUAUAAUCGGUCAUGCUGUUUCCAUAGAUUCACAAUUUUUUUUUUCUUUAGUCUUCCAGCAUUUACGUAAAUUAAUCUGGAUGUGAUAUGAUAUUUUUUCUUAAUCUAAGGUUGAGCAGUAGUUAUUAACGGAUGACAAUGUUAAAAUUAAAAUCACGUCUCCCUAUAACAAUAGCUUGAGAUAAUAAUCGACUCUGGCCCCCAGAAUUCAACGACCAAGAAAAAGGGGUUGAGAAAAGGGGAGGAUGAGAAAGAAAAUAGAGAAAUAUUUUAUUUGUUGAAAUUAAUGCCAAAUCUAUCUUCAAAUAAUAUUUUCAUCUUAAAACAGAUAUUUUCGCUUGAUUUUGACGUUUUGUGAUCUGCUCAUAACAUUUUGUGCCCAUCAACAUAUUUGGUUCAUUACGCCACUGGCUUAUGAUUAUAAUAACAAUAAUAAUACGUGCGCAUGUGCUGAAACAAUAGAGGGUUCUUAGAUAUAUUGUCACCUUGGAGAACAUGGCAAUGGGAAACCUUGUUCAUCCCAUCAUAAAAACAA